GGCGGACCCGGAGCCGGUGAGUGCGCCCGGGAACUCGGCCUGCGCGGCGCCGGGAUCCAGGCCCAGUUCGCUCCAGUUGGUCUUCUGGGGAAGCCGCGGGAGACUCGCGCGUGAGAGCCGGCCCGGCCAGAGCCCCGGGAGCUCGCAGAAGCCAGCCGCGCUCCCAGCUCGCCCGAAACCCAUGAUCCAGGGCUGGCUCGAGCUGCGGCUGGAGGGGGGGUCCGGCUCUGCAUGGCCCCGGCUGCUGCUAUGACUUCUUUGCCACUCGGUGUCAAAGUGGAGGACUCCGCCUUCGCCAAGCCUGCUGGGGGAGGCUCUGGCCAGACCCCCGGGGCUGCUGCGGCCACCGCAACCGCCAUGGGCACAGAUGAGGAGGGGGCCAAGCCCAAAGUGCCCGCUUCACUCCUGCCCUUCAGCGUGGAGGCCCUCAUGGCCGAUCACAGGAAGCCCGGGGCCAAGGAGAGCGUCCUGGUGGCCUCCGAAGGGGCUCAGGCAGCGGGUGGCUCAGUGCACCACUUGGGCACCCGGCCCGGGUCGCUGGGCGCCCCGGAUGCGCCCUCCUCGCCGCGGCCUCUCGGCCAUUUCUCAGUCGGGGGACUCCUCAAGCUGCCAGAAGAUGCUUUGGUGAAGGCCGAGAGCCCCGAGAAGCUAGAUCGGACCCCGUGGAUGCAGAGUCCCCGCUUCUCCCCGCCCCCAGCCAGACGGCUGAGUCCCCCGGCCUGCACCCUACGCAAGCACAAGACCAACCGCAAGCCCAGGACGCCUUUCACCACGGCUCAGCUGCUGGCUCUGGAGCGCAAGUUUCGCCAGAAGCAGUACCUGUCUAUUGCCGAGCGCGCCGAGUUCUCCAGCUCGCUCAGCCUCACCGAGACCCAGGUGAAGAUCUGGUUCCAGAACCGCCGUGCCAAGGCCAAGAGACUGCAGGAGGCCGAGCUGGAGAAGCUGAAGAUGGCCGCGAAGCCCAUGUUGCCGCCUGCCGCCUUCGGCCUCUCCUUUCCCCUUGGCGGCCCUGCAGCGGUGGCUGCAGCUGCGGGGGCCUCACUCUACAGUGCCUCUGGCCCUUUCCAGCGCGCUGCGCUGCCUGUAGCGCCCGUGGGACUCUACACAGCCCAUGUAGGCUACAGCAUGUACCACCUGACAUAGGUGGGUCCAGAGUCACCUCCCCGUGGUGCCAUCCCCUCCCCCCAGCCACCUCUUCUAGCAGCGGGAGUCCUUCCUAGGAAGCUCUGCUGCCCAACACCACCUGGCCCCUUCUCUUAAACCCCUUACUACACAGUUCCUCUUGGUCAACGCUUCCUAAAGCUCCUUCUCCCACGUCUGAUCCCUUCUGGGAAGAAAAAAAGUGGCCGGAAGUGUCUAGGUUUUUCGAGAAAAAUCUAGAUUUACACGCCCGAGUUAUAAAUAUGGAAACUAAGGGUGCAGAGGACAAGAGAUUUAUCCGUGGUCCCCAGCAGAAUUAGAGGCUGAAGGAGACCGGAGGCCAAAAGGACUGGAGGCCAUGAGACUCCAUCAGCUGCUUCCGGUCCUGAAACCGGGCAGGUCUUGCGCAGAGAAAUUGCUAUUUGGUGCUUCAAGAGAUGAGCCGAGUCCUAUAGAAAGCAAGGAGCCCAGCUCCUUCCGCUGUCAAACUCCAACCGCUUUGGCAACAAAGCAUUGCUCUGAGGGGGCAGGGCGCAUGCUGGUGCUUCACGAAGGUAGGUUGAAGAGACUUUCCCAGGACCAGGAAAAAAAAAAGAAGUAAAAAAAAAAAAUCUGUUUCUAUUUAACAGUACAUUUUCGUGGCUCUCAGACAUCCCUUUUGAAGGGAUCGUGUGUACUAUGUAAUAUACUGUAUAUUUGAAAUUUUAUUAUCAUUUAUAUUAUAGCUAUAUUUGUUAAAUAAAUUAAUUUUAAGCUACAAG